GCCUUCAAGAAGGCACGCCUCCGUUCGAGGCCGCAGGCCACGGAGACGGAGCUCGUGGCCGCGGCGCGCACGCUCUACAACGAUCCGCGCCUACAACUCCGCAGGCCAGGGCAGCGAGAGGCCAUCCUGGCAGCGCUGGGCACGCAGUCCGCGGAGCAGGUGGUCGUCGUGCUCGCCACAGGCUCGGGCAAGACGCUCCUCGCCAUGACCGCGGCCGUCCUCGAGGGCGCCGGUACGACGAUCCUCAUCCUGCCGACGGUAGCGCUCCGGGGUCAUAUGCUAGAGCGGCUCCGCGCGGCCGGUAUCCCGGCGCUCGUCUGGGCGCCGGGCGAGUCGAGCGUAGCGCCCCUCGUCGUCGCGUCGGCCGAGGCCGCCUGCACUCGGAGCUUCCUCGACUACGCCCUCCGGCUCGAGGGUCGGCAGCGGCUCGACCGCAUCGUGGUCGACGAGUGCCACCUCACGCUCACGGCGGCCGCCUUCCGCAAGAGCAUGCUACAGCUAGGCGCGCACGU